UCCGAAAACGAGUGGCGUGGAGCCUGACGAGAUUUCGCUUCCUUUCUUCCUCUCUCUUUCUCACGACGACUCUUCUCCUCCCUCCUGACAAAACCCACCAAAAUCCCCGCUUUCUGCAAUAAAAAAAACCCAGAAACCAGAAACAGGAGAGGAAUCUGAGAAUCAAUUUGUCGGAAGGAAAGAAAAGAUGGAGAGUAAUGGAGCGACGAACACAAUCACGAUCAAAGGGAUACUGAGUCUGCUGAUGCAGAGCAUCGAGGAAGAAGACAAGAGCCCGAAGAGAGUGAUAUCACUGGGAAUGGGAGAUCCUUCUGCGUAUUCGUGUUUCCGCACAACACCAGUGGCCCAGCAAGCUGUUUCCGAUGCCCUUCUCUCUCACGACUUCCAUGGCUAUGCCCCCACCGUCGGUCUCCCUCAGGCCCGAAGGGCGAUCGCGGAAUAUCUAUCGAGGGAUCUUCCUUACAAACUCUCGCAGGACGAUGUGUUCAUAACGUCGGGAUGUACACAGGCGAUUGACGUGGCGUUAGCGAUGCUCGCUCGGCCUGGAGCGAACAUACUUCUUCCAAGACCAGGUUUUCCUAUUUAUGAACUGUGUGCUAAGUUCAGGCAGCUCGAGGUUCGGUAUGUUGAUCUUCUCCCGGACAGUGGCUGGGAGAUCGAUCUUGACGCUGUCGAAGCUCUUUCCGACCAAAACACUGUCGCCUUGGUGGUUAUAAACCCUGGUAAUCCGUGCGGAAACGUGUAUGGUUACCAGCAUUUGAAGAAGGUUGCAGAGAUGGCGAAGAAACUCGGGAUCCUUGUCAUUGCAGAUGAAGUUUACGGUCAUCUUGCUUUUGGGAACACACCCUUCGUGCCAAUGGGCGUCUUUGGAUCUGUAGUUCCCGUACUUACACUUGGUUCGCUGUCGAAGAGAUGGAUCGUUCCCGGUUGGCGGCUCGGGUGGUUCGUGACCACUGACCCUUUGGGCUCGUUUAAAGACCCCAAGAUCAUCGAGCGGUUCAAGAAAUACUUUGAUAUUCUUGGAGGACCAGCGACAUUCAUUCAGGCUGCGGUUCCGACCAUUCUUGAACAGACGGACGAGCUUUUCUUCAAGAAGACGUUGAACACACUGAAAAACUCGUCGGUUAUUUGUUACGAACGGAUCAAGGAAAUUCCUUGCAUCGACUGCGCGCACAGACCAGAGGGGUCUAUGGCUAUGAUGGUUAAACUGAAUCUGGAAUUGCUCGAAGACAUAAGCGACGACAUCGACUUCUGCUUCAAGCUCGCCCGAGAGGAAUCGGUUAUCAUUCUUCCUGGAACGGCGGUGGGGCUGAAGAAUUGGCUGAGGAUAACGUUCGCGGCUGACCAAUCUUCUCUCGAGGAAGCGUUCAACCGAAUCAAGUGUUUCUAUCUCCGACACUCCGACCAAACCCACAACAUCUUGGAAUUCUGAUCUCUAAUUUACCAAGCGUGUAUGCUAUGAAAUUUAUGGUUGGAUUUAUUAAAAAGAAAUGGUUAGUAUCAUUAUAAGAUAUUUAAAUAAAUCCAUCUUGAAGAGGGCCCAAAAGGGUCGGAAAAGUCUUCACGGUUCGAGGGGGAGGUGCAUGAACAUGAAGAUGUGACUUGUGAGAGAUAACCACCGAAUCAAGAGAGGCGUGGAUGUGUAGCUCUUCGAGCGGACAUAUUAUAUACGAUCCAAUGAAUGGAACAUCACAUUUUUCUCAUUUUAA